UGAAUCAAAUACCAAACAUGGCAAAGAGAUCAGAUUUCGCCCAGAAGCUGUUAGAUGAUCUUCGGUUGAGGAAGGAGCGGAUGGCUGCCCCUAAGAACUCAAAGGGUUCAAAUCCAAUGGUUGCAGAUACAUAUGUUUACUCCAAGGAAACCUAUAAAUCAUCCAGGGACCCAAAGGCAGUCAAAACUACUGGUUUUAGAGCUGGAAGCACACAAAACAGACCUAGUGGAGGCAGGAAAUCAGUCAGCACUGGGCAGGCAUCGAAUCAGAUUGUUCCUUUUGGGGGAGGCAAGAAGCCAGAACGAAUGGGAGAUCUGUCGAAGGCCCUAGCUUUCGCGCUUGAAAUGGAGGAAAGAUAAGAACAGAGUCUUCGGGAACUAGUUCGAUUUUCAGUUUUCUACAAAACAUUGGUAGGAGACAGAUGGACUACAGGAACGUGGAAGGAAGAAACAGAGCAGUAAGCAUCAACCUUCAA